CUGCACUAUGGGACCCUCAUGGGCAGCAGAGCUUGUGCCAAAAUGGCAGCAGCUGCCUGGGGCACUGGUUUUCUCUAUGCUCUCCUGCACACUGCGAACACAUUUUCCAUACCACUCUGCCAAGGCAACACAGUGGACCAGUUCUUCUGUGAACUUCCCCAGAUCCUCAAGCUCUCCUGCUCAGACGCCUACCUCAGGGAAGUGGGGCUUCUUGUGGUUAGUCUUUGUUUAGUCUUUGGGUGUUUCAUUUGCAUUGUGCUGUCCUAUGUGCAGAUCUUGACUGCGGUGCUGAGGAUCCCCUCUGAGCAGGGCCGGCACAAAGCCUUUUCCAUGUGCCUCCCACACCUGGCCGUGGUCUCCCUGUUUCUCAGCACUGGCACAUUUGCCUACCUGAAGCCCCCCUCCAUCUCUUCCCCAGCUCUCGAUCUGGUGGUGGCUGUUCUGUACUCGGUGGUGCCUCCAGCAGUGAACCCCCUCAUCUACAGGCAGGCUGCUCCGUUACUGGAGCAGCUGGAGUUGCUUGAGGAGCCCCAGGGCCAGGACACUAAUGCUGUCCUGGGGAGAAGGGCUGGCACAGAGUGGCUGCAGGCAGCCAGCGUUAAGGUCUCCUGGACACACGAGCAGUGGAGACAGGGACUGACUGGCCUCAAUUUCCUCAUACCGUUGCUGGCCCCCACCCUGGGGGCUGAUGGGGAGGCUGACACCCCUCUGUGCCUCUCCCUAUAA